UUUUGUCAUUGCGAAAUAGUGGCCAAAAUGAAGUAUCCCACACUCGUAUUACUCGCUCUGGCCGCACUUGUUUUGCCAACGCUGGCCGGCAACGACUACCUGUGGGGCACGAUCGGCGACAACGACUACAAGUUGGCCAAGGACACCGUGUCGAAGGCAUUUUUCGUGGGCCUGGUGCAGAAGAAGACCUAUGUGUUCAAGCAGUCGAACAACCUGGACGCUCUGACCAUUACGGCCAUUAAGGUUACGGACAAGAAGAAAUCCCACGGAGCCACCGCCGUUCUAACCAGUGGAGGGCCCGGUUCCAAGGGAGCCACCAUUAAGUUUACCUCCGAGAGGGGCUACGGCAUCAGUGAUUUGGUGGAAAUAUGGGGUCGUUAAAAUGCCAAAAACAUAACCUUGUGGACAAAUAAUAAGACCUGAAGCAACAUAA